CGUUGGAGCCGUCGUUGUGGGAUGCUUUUAUCAGGACAAGGGUGUGAUACACUACACGUCGUAUAAGGUGAUCACUUACACACUCCUCCUCACCGUCGUGCUCGUCGAGGCAUGGGAGAUCGUCGCCGGCGUGUGCUCCAACUGGACCAAGAUGGCGCUCAUCGGGCACUACAUAAGGCACCAGUCGAUGUGGCGCCGAUCCAGCUGCGUCAACGCGGCGCUCUCUGCGGUGCUGCACCUCACGCCGGCGACGCGUUGGCGGGACAAGCUCGGACAGAACUCGGUGCUGGAGCCUCGCCGCUACCGCAGAAGGACCGGGCUUCUCUCGGAGCUACUCUACGGCAGUUCGGGGCUCAUGAAGUCCAUCCCGGUGUCGCCGUCAGUCAGGGACGCCGUGCCCCGGUCACUCCUGAGCAGCUACGGGGACGGGGCGAGCAAAGACAGUGCAGCGGCACGCCCAGUCGUCGGUGGCAAGGUGGGCUGGGCGUGGGACGCUGACGGGAACAGCAACACGGAACUCAUCCUCGUGUGGCACGUCGCCACGAGGCUCUUCGAGAUGAAGUCGACGGCGCCAGCAUCGCCGGAGGAUAUGAUCGCCGCCUGCCACCUCUCCUACUACUGCGCCUACCUGGUGGCGGUGGCGCCGGAGCUGCUGCCGGACUCCGCGGCGUGGACCAGGAGACGGUACAAGGAGGUGUCCGACGACGUGCUCGCCGCGCUCGGUGCGGAUGGCGGCGACGAGUCAACUGGGGAGAGGUAUGAACGGCUGUUGGCGGAGCUGAGCAAGGACUCGCGGGACACGGUGCUGCGCCGGGGCGCGGAGCUCGGCCGGCACCUGGUGGAAGAGUACGGCGAGGACGAGGCGUCGGCCUGCCGGAUCCUGGCCGACUUCUGGUCGGAGAUGGUGCUCUUCGUGGCGUCGUCGGAGAAUGUCAUGGGCCACGUCCAGGCCAUGGCGCGCGGCGGCGAGUUCAUCACGCUCGUCUGGGCGUUACUUCUCCACGCUGGCGUCACCACAAGGCCUAACACGCCGGGCGGUGCUAUCCCGUAAUUAUUGGAGAUUGUUAUUGUAGUACAACACGGUAGCAUACUCGUCGUCCUAUGUUUUUAGUUUAAUAAGGAAUGCAUGCUCAUAAAACAUAGCUCGUCAUAUUACCUGUGUACCUGCGUCCUGAAAUGUAAAGAGAUAUUGAG